AUGCAAAAACGUAACUCUGAAGUAUUCAAAAAUCCGACUUAUCUCGUUCGACCACUUACAGUCGAUCCUAAACGACGAUUAGAACGAAGUAAAAAUAUCAAUACAAACACUAAUGAACGUCGUCCAAAAUCAAGCGGAGCCGAAACAUCAACUUUAAAUAAUAGUGAAUUUCAAUCGAAUUCAACUUCAACUACUUUUUCAUUUGCUAGUGACGAAGAUUAUGAUACCGAUUUAGAAGAUGAUAUUAAUCCAGAUGUUGAUCAUUCAUCUAUUGGUAUCUAUAAACGUGUUUGUGCAUACGAGAAUAUUGUACCUGUCGGACUUUAUUUGAAAAAUCACGAUAAAAAAGAAUUAAUGAUGCGUUUUUACGGCUUAGGUUCGAGAGGCAUCCGAGGAUUUCUACCAAGCUUAGGAAGGAAUACAACUAUAACUAAACUUGAUUUAACAAGUAAUGGUCUUGGUGAUAAAGGCAUUCUUUAUUUAUCGAAAAUUCUUCUUGAUAAUAUCGCAAUUGUUGAUCUUAAUCUUUCACACAAUUUUAUAAGUGUUUUUGGUGCUCGAGAAUUAUUUAAUAUGUUCAAAGAUAAUAGAACAAUUAAUCAUUUAAAUCUUGAAGGAAACUUACUAAAUGAUGAAUCUGCUUGUUUAUUCGCUGAAAUUAUUUCAAAUACUGGACAAAUAAGGACAUUGAAUUUGGCAAAAAAUAGACUUGGAUCAGGAAGUGGUUUCUUCUUAGGUCGUGCACUAGCCGAGAAUACAACGAUGGAAUCUCUUGAUCUCAGUUGGAAUUCAAUCAAUGGUAAAGGUGCUGUGGCGUUAAUUAAAGGAAUGCAAGAAAAUGUUUUUCUUAAAAUAUUAAAUUUGGCUCAUAAUGGUUUAUCUGGACCUGAAUGUGGACGUGCUUGGUUGAAUGCUUUCAAAGAGAAUACUUCACUUGUUGAACUUGAUCUCAGUCACAAUCGUUUAACAGUCGAAUCGGCUAUAUUCAUUGGUCGUGGUCUUGCUAAAACUGAAAGUUUACAAAAAAUAUUUCUAACAGCAAAUCCACUUGAAUCAGCUGGAUGCUAUGCUAUUGUCAAACCACUUAUAGCAAAAGAUGCAGUGCCUAAUAAACUUGAACUAAUUGACUUAACAGAAAUUCAAUACAAUCUUGAUUUUAAAGACCUUGGCUCUCAAGUAAAAGUUCAAUGUCCUAAUCUUCGUAUUUUAGUUGGUGACAAACCACUACCACCAAAAUUAGUAAAACGUAGAACCCAACCGUCGCCAAUCGAACGAUUGCAUACACUUUUUCGACGUCGUCCUCAACUUGAUUUAGCAAAUUUCUUUUACUCUGCUGCUACUUGUGAUGAUGAUGAUGAUGAUGAUGAUGAAGAUGAUAAAUCAGCUAGUCGAAUAUCAAAUCGUGCUCUAUUUAAAAAAGCAAUUGAAGAAAAACUUCAAGGUCAAUUUUCUGAUGAAGAUAUUGAUAAAAUUUUAGAAGAAAUCAAUCAGUUCGAUUGCAAGAAAUUCGGACAAGUCUUCGAUAAUAAACCAACAACAACAAAUUUCUCAUCAGCAGCAUGGCGUUUCAAAAGUUAA